AUGACAUGUUCUUGCAAAAACAGAGACUUCCCGGGUUUGGAAUUAAACGAAGCUCCGUUUGAAGUAGUCCUUCAUCCCGAGUACACAAGGGAGGUGUCGGCGCGCGCCGCUUGUGCAGGCCGCCGCGAGCAGCUGUGGGCCGCCGCGCACCGCUUCCCGUUCGACUACGCGCUGCCCAACAAGCUGCCCGCCAGCUUCCACGGCCGCUGCGGCUACGUGCGCUACUUCUGCGAGGCGGCGCUAGAGCGCGCGGGGGCGCCCGUCGUCGCGCGUCGCACGCUCUUCAGCGUCAGCAACGUCUCCGACCUCAACACGGAGCCCAAGGCGGAGAGCGGGGCGCACGCGCAGCGGAGCUCCAACAGCUGCCUGUUCUGCUGCCGGCGGGGCACUGUCAUCGCGGCGGCGGCGCUAAAGCGCGCGGGGGUGGCGCCGGGCGAGGCGCUGCACAUCACGGCCGACGUGCUCAACAUGAGCGACCGGCGCGUGCACAAAACGUGCGCGCGACUCACGCAGGUGAGCACUCACUCACGCAAUAACUAA